AUGUCUGCUCAAAUCGAUGAGAAGCUUUCUCCUGGUCAUGAUGACCUCCCCGGCAACAAUAGUCAGGGUACCAAGCGCAACCGCAUGAGCGCCGACGACGACGAAGAUGAUGAUGAUAAGCCUGGUCGUGAGCGUCGCAAGAUCGAAAUCAAGUUUAUUCAGGAUAAGUCGCGUCGGCAUAUUACUUUCUCUAAGCGCAAGGCUGGUAUUAUGAAGAAGGCCUAUGAACUUUCCGUCUUGACCGGUACUCAAGUCCUCCUUCUGGUCGUCUCCGAAACUGGCCUCGUCUACACCUUUACCACUCCUAAGCUCCAGCCACUCGUCACCAAGGCCGAGGGCAAGAACCUCAUUCAGGCCUGUCUGAAUGCCCCUGACCCCGCUGCCAGCGAGAACGGCGUCGACGCCCCCGAUGUCGCCCCCGAGGCUCCCGAGGAUGUGGCACACAACAACGUCAACGCGCCCCAGGGGAAUAUGCGCCCCGGUAUGCACCCUGGCUACAUGACCAACGAGCAACAACAGCAGAUGGCCUACUACCAGAACCUGCAGCAGCAGCAACAGCAGGCUGGUGGCCAGUACCCCAUGCCCGUCAGCGGUCGCAUGCCCCCUCACCAACAACCCACCGCUUAA